AGUAUUGCCUAGUAUUGUUAAUUUAUUGUACAUAGGAUAGAAAAACAAAAACAUUUUAAAUCCGGUUUUUACUAUCGGCAACCGUUGGUGCUCUGAAGCAUGCAACCAAAAAAGUUAAUCAACGUGUACAGGGAGUAAAUUACCAUACUAGUGUACAUACUCCAAGUGCAGUGUGAUUAGAAUAGUUUCUGCUAUGUGCACUAAUCGAUAGAGCGCAGUUAAACACAACGAAGCAAAGUAAAAUAGAAUGGUCGAUUCGGUCGAAGAGAGCUUUCUACGGCAGGAUUCGUCCAUUUCUGAGCAUCAACCCGUAUCCACUUCGAGAUGCAGAGACAACUUACUGUUGGAGCCGCCGGUGUUUUUACUAUCCUACGCGUAUUUUGUAUCAUCGGCUGUUUUGACCGACCAAUUGGUGUAUCAAGCUUGCACGGUUUCGUUUGGCGUCAAUGAGUCGGAGUGCGCCCAACUGGGCAAGGAACACGAAUCGGCCGAUGUGCAAACUUUGGAAGCUUUGGUGCAGCCGUACACGGCGAAUAUCCUGAUGGUGCAAUCGAUGGUGAAUUCUAUUCUGCCCGCUGUGCUGAACCUAUUCAUCGGACCGUGGUCGGAUCGAUUCGGUCGCAAGCCAGUGCUGCUAGUCACGUUUAUCGGGUGUAUGCUAUCGUAUCUUUUCGACACUGUGAUAUGUUUUCUUUCCGGCCAUUAUCAGGUGAAUCCAUGGUUCUAUUCGCUUUCUUGCAUCCCGCUGGCGCUAACCGGAUCCAUUUGCACUCUUAUGACAACUGUUUAUUGUUACAUAGCGGACGUAACCACCGAACAAAAUCGUAGCACUAAAAUGGCUAUUCUCGAGGCGGUGCAGUACAGUGGAAUGCUUUUGGGAAGUCUUAGUAGCAGUUAUUUAUUGCGAAUGACUAACGCCACCACGGUAUUCGCCAUUUCAACCGGAUCGCUUCUGCUGGCCGUGGUGUAUGUUGCAGUGCAGGUACAGGAGAGUAUUGUCCUGGAUGAACAGCAACGCAUGGUGGACUUAUGCACCAAGGCACGCUAUCUAUUCCGUCCAGAUUUGGUGCUUGAUACGUUCAAAACUGCAUUCAGCAGGAGACCUAAGUUUAACAGAGCUAUAAUUUUAAUGGGAAUAGUUUCCUUAGGAGCUAAUUUAUUCGUGUAUGAGGAAAAUACUACAAUCUUCUUUCUUUUUAUGAGGAAACAGUUCAACUGGAGUGUGCGAAAGUACACCGUUUAUAAUACGGCGAGCACCGUUUUUCUGAUAAUGGGAAAUCUCCUAGGUUCUUAUGUCCUUCAGAAGCGACUAGGUUUGACCGAAGCUGGAAUAGCAGCGAUGGGGUUCUAUAGUGGCUUUCUGGAUAGUCUUUUCAGAGCAAUGGCAACUGAAACGUGGCAGUUUUAUUUGGCCAUUGCAAUCUGCAUGCUGAAAGGAGUUUCGGAUCCAAUGACGAGAGCACUCAUUUCUAAUGCUGCACCGGCGGAAGAUACCGGAAAGAUAUUUGCGUUGUCCUCCACUUUCGAAGAAUUGGUGCCGCUAGCCGCAGCUCCCGUGUAUACUUUGGUGUACAAACAAACUUUACCGUGGUAUCCAGGAGCUUACAAUUGGAUUAGUGGUGCCAUCUACACAUUUUGCUACGUUUUGGCUAUGACUGUUUGCGUGUUACAAUCCAUGCAACAAACAACCGGUUAUCGCUAGUGAUAUUAUUGUAAAUAUAGCAUAGUGUUUUCGAUAGAAAACAUGGGCGUAUUUAAGCCACCUAUUCUGAGUUAUAAAAUGUGAUGCAUGGUUUGUUGAAAAGUCGAUAGUGAUGGUUCCUAUUUACUGUAUCAUU